CUGUGAGUUUCCUGUAGAUGAAGCAGAAUAAACGCCGAUGAAUUUAAUGCGUUUAAUUCAACAAUAAACCAUCAAGUAUUAAAGUAAUCAAAGAACAACUCGUCCUAUUUGCUGUUAUUAAUCAUAAAAAUCAUCAUCAAUGCAGUCGGACUCAGCGAGUGGUGGGCGGUGUCGGGGGAGGAAGCGGUCAGCAGCAGUGGGCGGGCUGGAAUCUAGUGGGCGGGGCCGAAGCAGCACACCUGCAGCACAGAGCAGACGUAAAGCCCCUGAGACUGAGGAAGAGGAGGAUCAGUCUGAGAAGAAGUUCAGGAAGUGUGAGAAAUCGGGAUGUCCAGCGACUUACCCUGUGUGUUUCGCCAGCGCGUCUGAAAGGUGUGCUAAAAACGGCUACACGUCUCGCUGGUAUCACUUAUCAUGCGGUGAACACUUCUGUAACGAGUGUUUUGAUCAUUACUACAGGAGUCAUAAAGAUGGUUACGAGACGUUCUCUGCGUGGAAGAGGGUUUGGACCAGUAAUGGCAAGAGUGAACCCAGUCUCAAAGCGUUCAUGGCGGACCAGCAGCUGCCGUACUGGGUUCAGUGCACGAAGGCAGAUUGUGGUAAAUGGCGUCAGCUGAGUAAAGAGACGCAGUUAACAACGGCGCUCGCAUCAUCGUAUCGCUGCGGGAUGAAACUGAACAGCGUGAAAACUGAAGGAUGUGACGCGUGUUCUCAACCAGAGGACGGGCGAGUGGCGGGUGUGACGGACAGCUGGUGGCACUCCAUGUUGAUUUUGCCACCGUUGUUUAAGGAAAGUCCCGCCAGUCCGUUUCUCUCUGCAUAUUACCCCGACUGUGUGGGCAUGAGCCCCUCCGCCUCCUCUGGAAACCAGCGUCCUGAGCAGCGAUGCGCCGUUCAGCCUCACAUCUCUGGACUGUCUGUGUAUUUUCAGCCGUUCUAUCAGCCGAGUGAAUGCGGUAAAGCGCUGUGUGUGCGGCCGGACAUGAUGGAGCUCGAUGAACUGUACGAGUUCCCAGAAUUCUCUCGAGAUCCCACCAUGUAUCUGGCUCUGAGGAACCUGGUGCUAGCGCUCUGGAACCGACACUGCAAGGAGGUUUUGACACAGCAGACAUGCGCUCCUCAUGUGAUUGUCCGCGGUCUGGUGCGCAUUCGCUGCGUGCAGGAACUGCACAGAGUUCUGUACUUCAUGACCCGGAAGGGCUUGAUCAACACCGGAGCGCUGCAGGUCAAACGUCCGCUGCUGCCUGAAUCGCACCAUAAUAAGGUGUUGGUCAUUGGUGCAGGUGCUGCAGGUCUAGCGGCAGCUCGUCAGCUGCAGAACUUUGGCAUGCAGGUGGUGGUUUUGGAGGCCAGAGAACGAAUCGGAGGGAGAGUUUGGGAUGAUGUGUCGUUGGGCUUGACCGUCGGUCGUGGAGCUCAGAUCGUGAACGGCUGUGUGAAUAAUCCCAUGGCUCUGAUGUGUGAACAGUUGGGUUUGAGGAUGCACACUCUGGGCGUGCGCUGUGAACUCAUUCAGGAAGGUGGACGUGUCACUGAUCCGGCUGUUGACAAGCAAAUGGACUUCCAUUUUAAUGCCGUACUGGACGCCGUUUCUGAAUGGAGGAAAGACAAACCACAGUCCCAGGAUGCACCGCUCGGGGAGAAGAUCCAGGAAGUAUACAAGGCGUUCCUGCAGGAGUCUGGACUGACCUUCACUGACCUGGAAGAAAAGGUUUUGCAUUUCCAUCUCAGUAACCUGGAAUAUGCCUGCGGAAGCACACUAGACCAGGUUUCGGCGCGCUCGUGGGAUCAUAACGAGUGUUUUGCGCAGUUUUCUGGUGAUCACACACUGUUCACAGAUGGAUACUCGUCUGUCCUGCACAAACUCGCUCAGGGACUCGACAUCUGCCUCAAUACCGCGGUACUUUACCUCACACAGUCCUGCUGUGUACAUUCAUUCAUGACUUCUCCCUCACAGUUAGUGUGUGUGUGUUUGUGUGUGUGUGUGCAGGUUCAGCGUGUGGAGUAUUCUGGAGAUGUUGUGAAGGUCACGUCCACAAGUGGUUCUCACUGGAGCGCACAGAAGGUUCUGGUGACGGUUCCGUUGGCUCUGUUACAGAAGAACAUCAUUGAGUUUGUUCCUCCUCUGCCUGACAGGAAGCUGAAAGCCAUUAACAGUCUGGGUGCUGGAGUCAUUGAGAAAAUCGCACUACAGUUCCCGCAUCGCUUCUGGGACAGUAAGAUCCAGGGAGCCGAUUAUUUCGGUCACGUUCCGCCCUGUCCGGAGAAGAGAGGCCUGUUCAGUGUCUUCUAUGAUCUCCGUCCUCAAGGUGAGGAGUGUGUGCUGAUGUCAGUGAUCACAGGUGAAGCUCUGAAUCUAAUCAGAGAUCUGGAUGAUCAUCAGGUGGUGGAUCUGUGUAUGAACAUCAUCAGACAACUGUUUCAUGAACAGGACGUUCCAGAUCCAGUGAAAUACUUUGUGACUCAUUGGAGCAAAGACUUGUGGUCUCAAAUGUCCUACAGCUUCGUGAAGACGGGUGGCAGCGGUGAGGCAUAUGACAUCAUCGCUGAAGACGUUCAAGGGAAGCUCUUCUUCGCUGGUGAGGCAACAAACAGACACUUUCCACAGACUGUGACUGGAGCAUAUCUGAGCGGAGUACGAGAGGCCAGCAAGAUCACAGCGCUUUAGACCUGUCUCACCAUCACAGCACUGUAGACCUGUCUCACCAUCACUGCGCUUUAGACCUGUCUCAC